ACAAAGACAUAAACUUAGUCAGUGUCCUCCAAGAGAUUUGACCAUAACUACAAUCACCACAUGCACACGGCAAAAGGAACCUCAGGAAGACAUGUCAGAUGGAGCAAGAAAACUUUCACAUGCUUUUAAAAUGCCUUUACCAAGAACAGACUUUGAGCUCCAUCAUAAUGAGCUCCUUCAAAACAGACAUCAUGAGGAUGCUAAGCUGACAGAAGAGCUGGAUAAAGAUGGAGUUCACUGUGCUCAGGAUAAUAGAAAGAGACAAAGGAUUAAAGCAUUGCAUGACAAUCACUCUACGGAUACUGAGGUCAGAAAGGGUGAGGAUGGCCAUUUUAUGCCAUGUGUCUUGGAUCAGUGGCAUCAGGCCCAACCCGACACGCCACCAAAGAUAAAAGUGCCGCCCCAUGAAGACGGCAUUGUGUACAGAUUAGUGGACACAGCGGUGGAGAUUCUGUGUGGUCAAGCAAAUGAAGACACUCUCGACCUUUAUGAAACACCAAGCUAUUUAUUUGACGAUGAUAGUCGCAAGCGUUAUCGGCAGGUGAUCUUUCAGUUAACAUCCGAUGUACUUCAUGAGAUCUUGGGCGAUCUUUUAAGAACAAAACAGUCCGCCCAGAAGACAGAUGAUCGAUCUGUGAUCUCAGCUCUGCAAUGCAGUCAAAUUUCCAUCACAUUUUUAAAGGCUGCCGUGAGAAAAGAGAUACAGAAAAUUCUGAAUUUAGAGCGAAGCGAGCAACGGAUGACAGAGAUGCUCCAAAAACUGUGCAAAUACUGGUACGCCAAGAGAGACAGAGUGGACUUUAUACUGAUUCAGGAACUUCAUAACGAGGAGAGAAGUUGGCUAGACUACAGUGCUGACCAGUACACUGUGAAAAUGCAUCUGACUGAGGAGAUUUUCAGUUUUCUUUUGGAUGACACAAUAUUAGCCCUAAAUCAUAUGCACAUUUCAACCUAAAAGUCAAGUUU